CUCAGAAAGCGCAACAUCCACUCCUGUCACAUACCUGGCUGUGGUAAAGUCUACAACAAGACGUCUCACCUGAAGGCUCACCUGAGGUGGCACACGGGCGAGAGACCUUUUGUCUGCAACUGGCUCUUCUGUGCCAAGAGGUGGGACGAGAACACGCCUCUGUUUGAGAUGAUCGUGUUCUGUGGGUGUCUGUGUGGUUGUUUGUGGGGGGGGGGAUGUCUGUGUGUGUGGUUGUUUGUUUGGGUGUCUGUGUGUGGUUGUUUGUGUGAGUGCUUGUGUGGUUGUCUGUGUGGUUAUUUGUAUUGGUGUCUGUGUGUGUCUGUGUGGGUGUUUGUGUGGGUGCUUUUGUGGGUGCUUGUGUAGGAGUCUGUGUGUGUGGUUGUUUGUGUGGGUGUCUGUGUGUGUGGUUGUUUGUGUGGGUGUAUGUGUGUGUCUGUGUGGAAGUUUGUGUGGGUGUAUGUGUGUGUGGUUGUUUGUGUGGGUGUAUGUGUGUGUCUGUGUGGAAGUUUGUGUGGGUGUCUGUGUGUGUGGUUCUUUGUGUGGGUGUCUGUGUGUGUCUGUGUGAUUAUUUAUUUGGGUGCUUGUGUGCGUGAUUGUGUGCGUGAUUGUGUGCGUGAUUGUGUGCGUGAUUGUUUGUUGUUGUUGUUGUUUUAGAGUUGAGUCGUUGUUGUCAUCUGAUCAUCUUGACAUAUCCAUUUUUGUGUGUGUGGAUCCUUUAGGAGCUUGAUGGAUUAGGCUUUCAAAUUGUUCCCUUCUCGUUAUGGUAUGUAAACAAAAUAUCCAACUCUGGUCUAAAAAUCUCACCUCUUCCUCUCCCUACCCCCCUCACUUAUUAAAACCCCUCGUGUGUUCCUCGUUCCCCAGGUUCACGAGAUCCGACGAGCUACAGCGACACCUGCGGACGCACACGGGCGAGAAGCGCUUUGCAUGUCCCAAAUGUAAUAAAAGGUAU